AUCGGAGUCCAGCGCCAUGGCGAACCGCGUGGGCGAGCCGUCGACGAGCGCCAACGGCGCCGGGAAGGACUCGGGCAGCUUCGAGUGCAACAUCUGCCUGGAGCUGGCCCAGGACCCCGUGGUGACCCUGUGCGGCCACCUCUUCUGCUGGCCGUGCCUCUACGAGUGGCUCCACGUCCACGCGCACUUCCCCGAGUGCCCCGUCUGCAAGGCCAACGUCGAGGAGGACAGGCUCGUCCCCCUCUACGGCCGUGGCAAGACCUCCGCCGAACCGCGGCCGAGCUCGUCUGCCGGGCCGCAGAUCCCGAGCAGGCCCACCGGACAGCGGCGCGCCACCGCCCCGCCGCCUGAUCACCGCGACCAUUACCCGCACCCGAACCAAAGCCCGUGGUUCCUUGGCGGCGGCGCCUUGGCCGGCGGCCGGUGGGGGAAUUACACGUUCUCCGCCGCAAUCGGGGGCCUCUUCCCUCUGCUCAACUUCCAGGUGCACGGGUUCCCGCCGGCGCCGGCGGCGUAUGGGCCCGCCGCCGGGAUACCUUACGGGUACGGGCAUGACUUCCAUGGGUGGCACGGGCAUGGCUUCCCGGCCCAGGCACCGCAGGGCCAGCAGCAGGUCGAUGUCUACUUGAAGGUGCUGCUGGUCCUUGUCGGUGUGCUUGUCAUUGCUAGCUUGAUUGCGUUCUAGAUCAUCCUGUGUGUGGUGGAGGUUGUUCUUUGCAUUUCAGUCCGAGAGCAUCUUAGGUAGCUGAGCUCCCAUGCUCAUGCUUUGAUCAUGAUCAGUGUGGAGAGCAGUAGAAUGACAAAUUUUCCAUUUUGUGAUAAAACUUGUACUCUAAUUGGCACUGUGUGGUGUCGCCGGUGAAUUUGAUCUGUGCAUUAUUUAUGGAUUUACUUUGAAA